CUCCCUUGGUCGCCGCCGCCGAGUGCGAAGCCUGGCUCCGCUCGUUUCCCGCCUCCUCAUUUGACCGAAGAGCUCGGCUUCCUGGGGUCACCAAGCGCCCGACGCUGCGAGUUUAAACCAUCGCUUUUUCCCUCAGGACGCUUCCUCCUGGCCCCUUCCCCACACAUCCACAAUGGCUUCAAAGUUCCUCCGAGAGUAUAAGCUCGUGGUAGUUGGCGGCGGUGGUGUAGGAAAGUCGUGCUUGACCAUCCAGCUCAUCCAAUCCCACUUCGUCGACGAGUAUGAUCCAACCAUCGAGGAUUCCUACCGUAAGCAGUGUGUCAUUGACGACGAGGUCGCCCUUCUCGAUGUGCUCGAUACGGCAGGCCAGGAGGAGUACUCGGCGAUGCGGGAACAGUAUAUGCGGACUGGCGAGGGUUUCCUGCUCGUCUACUCGAUAACGGACAGGCAGAGCUUCGAAGAAAUCAUGACGUUCCAGCAGCAGAUUCUACGGGUCAAGGACAAGGACUACUUCCCCAUGAUUGUCGUGGGCAACAAGUGCGAUCUCGAGGGAGAGAGACAGGUGUCAACACAGGAGGGCCAGAAUCUAGCACGACAAUUCGGCUGCAAAUUCAUCGAGACGUCAGCCAAGUCACGCAUCAACGUCGACAACGCCUUCUACGAUAUCGUACGGGAAAUCCGCAGGUACAACAAGGACAUGUCACAAUACACGGGCGCCCCGGCGGGCGGUCCCCCCAACGGAAUGUCGAAGAUGGGUGUAGACGAAGAUCACGAAAAGAAGGGCUGCUGCGGGUGUGUGGUCAUGUAGGAGGGUUAUCGGACAAGAGUGGUAGUUGUUGCGCGCACAUUGUCUACGUUGGGAGAAGAGCAAGACGAAGAAAGAUACCUGUCAUUGUUUGGUGCCAUCACAUCUCGGAAGACGCAUGUUGACGUUUUCCUCCGUGGGGCAAAAGAGGCAGA